AUGAGUACGAGGAAGGCAAUCAAAGGUUUAGAAGAGAGGCUGAAAGACGGAGAGAGCAUUAUCGUGGCAGAGGGGUAUUUGUUUGAGUUCGAGCGAAGGGGUUAUUUGCAAGCCGGAGCGUUUGUUCCAGAAAUUGUUCUUGAGCAUCCGCAGAUCGUGAGACAACUCUAUGAAGAGUUUGUUCACGCCGGAAGUGACAUUGUGCUAGCCUUCACGGCAAGUGUAGUCGAUUUGGAGUACACUGUUGGUUUAAACGACAUCUUUUUACAGUACUAUGCUCAUCGCCAGAAACUAAAACUGAUCGGCAGAGAGGACGACUUAGAGAAGCUGAACCGAAAAGCUCUGAAAAUGGCGCGAGAGGUGGCAGACGAGACGGGAACACUUAUGGCGGCAAGUCUGUCCAAAACAAUGGCAUUUAUCGCCAGGGACAGUGAAGCCAUUGCAGAAACCAAAAAGAUGUUCAGGGAGCAGGUUCAGUGGGCGUAUGAAGAAGGCGUAGACUUCAUGGUUGGGGAGACCCUGUCCGACCUAGAGGAGGCCAUGUAUGCUUUAGAAGCCAUCAAGGAGUUUGGUCUCCCCGCGGUAAUAACACUGUCUUCUCUCGGUGACACUACACGGGACAAUCACCCGUACACGGAGGCAUUAAAGAAACUGGAGGACGCUGGGGCGGACGCUGUGGGUCUUAACUGUAUACGUGGACCUGCCACUAUGUUACCGUUAAUGAAGGAAAUUAGGGACGUCUGUAAGGGCCCACUGUGUGCAUUGCCCGUAGUCUACCGGACAUCGCCGGACUUGCCGUCCAUGCAGUCGUUAACAGGGGUCGGACCAGGUGGUAGCAACAUCAGAUACUUCGACCUUCCCGCGUGGCAGUGCAGUCGCACAGAGAUCCAAGAGUUCGCCAGAGAGGCCCGUGCCAUUGGGAUUCAGUACGUGGGCCUCUGCUGCGGUAACGCCUCGCACUACAUCCGCGAGGUGGCAGAAACCCUAGGACGCUCUCCCCCUGCCAGCCGCUACUCGCCGGACAUGGGGGCGCGUCACGACCCCACCCUCCUUGCUAACCAGGCCGAGACAUCGCUUCGGAAGACGUGA